GUGAAAUAAAAAAUAAAGUAAACAAGGAAAAAGUGAAAAGUGAAAAUACAAACAUAAAUAAAAUCGACCAAAUAUUUUAUUAUUUUGCUGGUUGGCUUAGAUUUUCUUAAAUUCUUAAGAUUUUCUGAUAUUAAACAUUGGGCAAAAAUGUUUUCCUGCUAAUAGGAAAUGGAAUACCAUUGCGCGAAUUUCUCGGAAUUCCUAGAAGUUCACGUUGGCGAAAAAAAAAACCAAUGUCGCAUGUUUUUGCUUUUGCUGAUACUUAAUUUUUAAUAUUAAACCAGUCGGCGUGGAGGAGCGCUCAGUUUAUUUUCGGGUUUCUUGUGAUGAUGUGCAUUUAAAUCCAUCUCAAAUGCAAGUGCAACGGCAUUUCAAUGGUCUCUCGCAGCUCGACUUCGAAGACGGCGUGGAGGCGAAAUUCAGCUUAAUGUCUUCGAAAAUGAUGGAAACUCGAUAUUACGAGGGAUGUGGACGCGAAGGUCCAAUCCGAUGUAUAUUUUUAGGCGAAUUCCACCCUGUGGCUGGUCCUAAAAUAUCCUGUCAGUUUCCUGAAGAUUACAUCUCAAAGGAGGUGUUUGAUUCAAUAAGUGCCUAUAUCAUUCCAAAACCACAGAUACAAAAAUGCACCAUGACAAUAAAUGCGUUGGGUCAUAAAAUUGUGGGUUAUCCGAUCCGGAUAGACAAUUCCCGCUAUGAGCGCAAUGUGUACCUGUUCAAUCUAUGUUUUGUUUGCGAUAGCUGGUCUAAAACUGUUCAGUAUGAACCAGUUGUCAAAAAGCUUGGGGAACACUUGACAAUAAUGGAGGAAGAAACAGGUUUUGUGUCAAAUGGAUGCACCAAGCUGCCCACUCUUUUGGCUCACCUGCUACAUGAUCUGAAUACACACCGGAAAGCAACUUUAGUUGAAGGAGACACAGUGAUGCACCUGAAAGUAUUAGAGGUCCGCAAAGACCCGAAGCCCGUGUACGACCACGAUGUCCCCGUCCUGGUUGCCUCAGUGGGUCUACCCAGACCCGGACGACCACCCCGGACUGUACCACCUGAGGGCUCGGAACAAGCUCAACAGCAACACCUGGAUGUAGAUGAUGAAGAACCUUUUGAAGUUGAUUUAGACGCAGAUUGGGACUUGACCACGAGACAGCUUCUCCCAUACAUCGACGGGUAUAACCACAUAUCCAAAAUCGCAGCAGAUACAAAUGUGGAAAAAACUCUUGUCAAAUCCUGCAUUCAGAACUUGGCCUAUUAUGGAGUGGUGACACUCAUCCCGGUGCUGAAAUUCAGCAACAUGUACCGUGCGACGACCAAUCUCAGCCGGUUGUUCAGCGAUCAAGAGCUGCAGAAGUCGUGUCUCGCAUUCAUCACCAAGGGAUGCGACACUAAAGAGAAGCCCAAUCUGUCUGAAGUUCUGGGAAUACUGUGUGCACUUCAGCAAGGCACCACACUGCGCGCAGUUUGUGACAGGUUCGCCUCAACACCGCCCUCUUUUGACAUCAGACAAUUGAUCGUCUUCGCACAGAUGCACGGACUUAUCAAGUGUCUUAAAAGAUACCCAGUUUACAUCCGGAAUCCUCCACGUCCGAACGGAUUCAAGCAUCGCAUUGACCCCAUGAUAGGUAUACGGAGGUUGUUUACCGGAAAACAUUGCACGGAUGAGAUCUGUUGCCUGGCCAGGAUCGACCUUCCAACUCUGGACCAAAUCAUCGAGGAUGAUCCUAACGUCUCCAUAAUUUGGAGGUAGAAGUGAUGCGAAGUUCAAUGAGUUUUUUUGGUACCUACUUAUUUUUAGUGAUGCCGAAAAGUGUCGAUAGUUACUUAUUAUAGAAGCUUGUAUGACGAAAGCUGCCCAUACUAAAAUAAAGGCAGAUGAUUUGAAAAUAAACAGGGUUUAAUGUAUAUGAAAUAUUACCAGUAUAUAUGUAUUAUAUUAUGAAACCUGAAUAAGCAAUAUGUAAUAGAAAUGUGCCCACAUUUUUUGUGGACAGCUUUCAUUAUACAUGCUGUUGAUGGUGUCCAUAUAAUUUUUAGAUACGAGUAGGGAUCUCGCACGAUAAACAAGAGGAGUCAUAAGCGGCUUUACUACUUAGAUCAGCGCUCUGACGCCACAAGCUCAAAACUUUAAUUGAACUUCUUAUUAUUCUAAUAUCCCCACACAUGAGAAUCGUGGGAAUGUACCUCUUUCUUGUUUAAAUCUUUACAAAUUGUACUUAAUUGUACGCCGCGCAUUAACUGCAGAACGGUCAUUUUAAGUCUUAUUUGACAGCGGUCUAGUGCGUACAGUGAUAGGCCCAGUGAAUUACUAACGUUGACAAGGCACAUGUCUUAUCUUCUGUCCCUCUUUAUUAUUGCGGUUAACCUCAAAGAUACUGUGGUGACAUCCGAAACGUCACAUGACGUCAGCUAAUCACAGCGAAGAAUGCGACAAGCUGAGCCAAUAGCAGCGAAGGAAAUAAAUCAGCAUGAAUCGGAGCAUAAAUACAACCUCCGACUCAACAUCGUCUGUCGCGCGGUUCCCCAUGCAUAACGCGGCCUGGCGAAAAAUCUUCCCUUUGUGGCGAUCGAGCCCGAUUCAUUGCUCCCGCUAAAAUAGAAACAGAGAGGAGAUAUGACAUAGACCUCGUCAACGUUCGUGUCUUUCCCACUAAUCCCAUUGAGUUGUCCCAUGUCUCAGUAGUUCAUAGGACACUACUCGCUGGAGAUACUAAGGCCCGUACUCAGGGCGAGGUGCCAUUGGUAUCUCCUGAGCUGACCCAAUGUGUGUCUGUAACUCACCAAUUCUUAGAACGUCAUAAACAUUAUUAUAGAUAAUGUAAACGCUCGCUGCUCAGCGGAUUCCGAACGCGUUGGUUAGUUUAGUAGAAUGUUAAGGCCGGUCAAGUUUACUCCGAUUCUCUCGCUCUUGUUCAACCAGCUUCGGGGUAGUGUGAAAGUGAGCGGGAGUGUAUCGCUUUCUAUCGAAGUGCGGAGUGAACUUAACCUUCCAUAGGUAAGGCUUACUCAACACGGUGUGGCAUAUUUUUUUAAAUAUUUGCUGUAUUUGGUGUUUAAGACGGAGGAUAUAAACGUGGCAAAAUUAAUGUGUCAUCUGUCUUGAUAAAUGUGCUCACCAUUUAUCAAGACAGAUGACACAUUAAUUUAGUAACGACAAAUUAAAACAUAUAAAUUAAAAAAAAGUGAAGUUUAAAAGAAUAUGGACUGCAAAUUGAACACUUUUUGCGUCACGCCGUCAUUGGUAAGCUGGGUAAGACUGAAAUAACUGAAAUUUGUAGAAGAAUAGAUAGGAAAUUUCAAAUAAUAGGAUCCUCUGAGCUUUUUUAGUUCGGUCAACUUUCUGUGAAUUAUAUAUUCAGAACAAAAUAUAUUCGCGCAAAAUAAAAAAAAAUCGUUCUCACUUUCGAACGUAAUUUUACAGAUAAAACUAUAAAUACAAAAAUUUUAUAUUUGAGGAUUGUGUGCUUUAUUGCCAUACAUUAUUAUCCAAAAUUGGUCUGAUGGACGAAUUUGUAUGUUUCGGGCACUUACACAUUGUGAGUCUAUAGAUAGAAUAUCGAUGGGUUAAACGCCCUUCCAACAAGAAGGAACCCUUUGGGGAACUAACCUGCGAAUAGUUAUUACAUAAGCUUUGUGUCACAAAUAUUAGGACCAUUUUACGACGUUUAAAGUUAUUCGAUUUUUUUAAACAAAUUUAAGUCCCUAGAAUUUUACUGUGUCUCUAUUCCCAUUGGACCUCAAGGUCUUAAGGUCAGCUCAUUUUAAACAUGCAUUAUUGUUGCACCAGUGCAUUUCUCCUUAAGCCUUUUAUCAGAAUAAUUUUAAUUAAAAAAUACAUUAUUGUUAUUGUUAAAGUAGCCAUAUUGUAUUGUAUAUGCAGUAAUGAAAUACUAAAAAAAUUUACUCUUUUCAAUAAUUGAAUGAAAAAUCAAUUAACUCUUAAGUCUCAAAAACUGUUUGGCAAUCUGGAAAAAAGUAUUUCACUCAAAAAUUAAACAUGAAAUUUGUGUUUGUUUUAAAAUAUACACUGCCAAUUGAGGCAUUUAUUACAUUACCCAUAACAGUUAACAUAUCUACUAUAAUAUAUGAUUAUAUUUUUCUUUUUUUAGUUUUAAUAUUAAUUCUACACAAAAUAGGUCUUAGUCUAUCUGGUCUGUACAUUGUACACUGUACACUGUACAGUUUCGACACAACCUUCUAACCACUAAUUUAACAAUAGAUAGAUUUUUAUAUGGAAUAAAGAAGGUUAGGUUUUUCCGCUCCUGACUGUACCACUUCGUUUAAACUCUUUUAUACCUGCAUGUUUUCAGAUUGCUUAAAAAAUAUAAUUAUGAUUUUAAAUCAGGAAAGAAACAAUUAAGUAGUCGUUUCUACUGAGUAUUUAGUGAGAGUAAAGCUGUGAAUUUACAUAUGUUUUAAGCAUGAAAUGAUUCGGAUAUAUAUAUUUUAUAUAUACCAAGUUUAGAAUUAAUUUUUUUUAUGAUUAGUCCAUGGAAAUGCCAGUGGCUAAUUUAUUUACAUCGGAAUAUUAUAAAUCGGAGAGUGUGAUAAACAGUAUUAGUUAAGGAUGAUAAAGUACUUACCUAUUUAAAUAUAAUAUUUAUUUUAGUACAAAGUAGUAAGUUAAUGCUAUUACUAUAAAACAGUAACUAUGUCACAUUCCUUUCACAAUAUCUACCCGACUACAGAAGAUGUGUUAAGCUUUUGUUUUUUUCAUUAUUACCCUUUGUGUAUUUGUGUGCGUUUUAUUUCUUACGAAUCUCAAGAUUAUUUUAAUGAAACAGCGCUUGAGUUUCAUUAUUAGAAGCUGUAGCAUAACGUUAAAUAACUAAUCCCUUGAAAAAAAGGUUGACCAGGAGAGAUAAUAUUGUUAUGUAUAUUUUCACUUUGUAUAUCAUGUAGAAAAAAUAAUCUUUGUCAAUUUUGGGAAGUUAUCAUGUCUUUAUUUGCCUUAUAGGAUUUGCAACAAAUAUAUAUUUUUUGGGAUCGUGUUUUAUUACGUGGUACACAAAAUUGUUUUGUUACUGUGUUGUAAUUUGUAAGGGAAAUGUUGGUUAUAGUUUUGACAGCUUUAAACAGUGUAAAAUUAUGAAGAGAAACAUAGAUUGUACAUUAAAGAUAAAAUUGUGUAAAAUAACCUUAUUCAAUCGUAAUCCUCCUUUUUUGAAGUCUGUUAAAUAUCUUAAGACUCUUCUUGAAAAUCGCAUCAAGAUUGGUUCAGCGAAACGCGAGAUAUUUGCGGACAAUCUUAAUAAUACAUACAUAUAUAGAUAAAGCAGUGAAUCACCAUUUUUUAAAGUAGGUUGGUGCUUUGCCUAUGCUACAUCAAGUUUGCCACCUUCAUUCUAUUUUCUUGUUUUGUUUGAAGUGACAUAAAAAUUUACAAUUAUGUAUUUUAUGUUAAGAGUUUAUCAUAAAAAUUAUCUACAUGCAAACAACACUUAGAAAACUAAAAUUCAAUUAUAGUCAUUUAGGAGAAGUAAUGUUUUUAAUUUAAUGAAAUGUUACUUUGUUUGUUCUAAACAUUGCCUCUUGUUUUUUCUUAGCGGAAAUAAAUGUUUUCUCUCAAUA